UGCGUACUCGGCAUCGGCGUGACGGAGAGGCUGUGUGGGCGAACGCGUACGGGAAAUAAACAGAGUGCGGCGUGUAGUAGUGGUGGCGAGAGAGCGCGCGUUUAACAACCAUGUCGUCGUCGAACAAGAAGGCCAAGGAGCAGGAGGAUCCGGGCUCGGGUGAGGGGGACGCCCGCGACUACGACGUCGAGAUACAGAAGACCCUCGAGGAGAUCGACGGCUGUCAGAAUCAAAUCGAUGGCCUGAACGAGAAGGCCAGCGACGAGAUCCUCGAGGUCGAGAAGAAGUAUAACAAGCUGCGCAAGCCCUACUUCCAGAAGCGCAACGACAUCAUCAAGAGGAUACCCAACUUCUGGGUCACCGCUUUUGUAAACAACAAAGAAAUAGCAGACAUAUUGGAAGAAGACGAGGAAGACGCACUGAGAUUCUUAAACAAAUUAGAAGUUGAAGAAUUUGAAGAUAUCAAAUCUGGCUAUAGGAUUAAUUUUUACUUUGACAAGAAUCCAUAUUUUGAAAAUGACGUUUUAACUAAGGAAUUUCAUCUAGGGUCUUCUGGAGAUCCAGCAUCUCAAAGUACACAGAUUCGUUGGAAAGAGGGUCGGGAUUUAACAAAGAGAGCAAAAACCAAAGCACCGCUGAAAGGACGCAAGAGGCCACUCAAACAUAGGUCAUUUUUCGAUUGGUUCACGGAUCACGGAGAUCCAAGCUCAGACGAGAUAGCUGAACUAAUUAAGGAUGAUAUGUGGCCUAACCCACUGCAGUAUUAUCUGGCUCCGGAUAUAGACGUUGAGAAUGGUAUUGAGGGCGAUGGUGAGGAAUGCGAAAGUGAAGAGGAGGAUGAAGAGGAGGAUGGUGCGGAUGAUGGCGAUGAUGGGGGAGAAGGAGAGGAAGGAGACGACAGCAUAGUGGUAGUGGAGGAUGACGUGGAUGAAGAUGACGAUGAGGACGAGGCUGUGAACGAUGAAGACGAUGGCGUCAACGAAGAGGAUGAUCUGUUGGUGGACGAUGAAGUGGAUCAUGAUGAGGGAGAAGAACCUGAAUAAAGUUGGAAUGUCCGGCUUCUGACAUUGUACUCCGCAAAUAACAUGAACAAGAAAAAAAAAAGAAAAAUGAAUGAAAAUGUGUGCACCGAAUCAAUCAAGAGCAGAUAGUCUAGUGGACUGAAAAUAUUACGCCAUAUGAAUAAAUCUCAGGACGCAUGCUUUUUUUUCCUCGUAUAUACGAAAAUAGAGAAGCCAGAAUUUAAAGGAUCUUAGACUCUUUCGAUUGAGAACCUGUGUAUAAAAAUACAGCAUUUGUUAAGAUAAUAUAGAAAGUGGUUUGAAAGGAAAGGGUCUGGAUUGGAUUAGAUAGGUUUCCACCAUUGCACUAAAUCUGUAAUCGGAACGUAGUACGAAUUCCUCAGUUAUAUUCAUAUGGCCUAGUCUCGUCGUUUCCUUAAUGAAAUAUGCGACAGAAAAAAAUGUCCGCUUGGUUCUUAAUAUCGCGGAUUUUAUCGAUAAGUUAGGAUAAAAUAUAGAAACGAGGCACUAGGUGGGGAGUUCCAUUUGCUUUCUCAUAAAAAUGAUUCUUUAGAUAUGACUUCCAGAACGAGGUGUUUUUAAAGUAGAAUUUUUGAGAGUGACAACUGUCAUUCCUCCUUUUCCGCACGUACACACGGACCUUCACAUAACCAUUGUCUUAUUACUUUUUGAAUAAAACACGUAGAAUAAAGAUUUUAUCCUUUGCUACGAUUCAUUUUUUUUUUAUAAUCACAUGUGUCGUCUAUUAUUAGUCUGGAGAGUGGUGGAUAGUGAUAAAAACUUUUGAAUGAUUCAUAAUUGUUACUAACUUAUUUAAUUUAUAUUACCGCAGACUACAACACAGACUGCAUUUUUACUUUACCUGACAUUUUUUAAAUGUAAUCUUAUAUUAAUAGGCAUGAGAGAAAUAUCGGUGGUGCCCCGUUAUAAGUUACACGUAAAAAAAUUUACAUUAUGCAUACAUGGCAUAUAACUAUGACAUAGCACAUAUAAUUUUGGCUAUAUCAUGUUACAAUGUUGCCUCUAAUAAACGAAAACGCAUAGAUACUGUAUUCAUAUAUUAUUAUAGAAUACUUUUACUCGCAGCUAUGUAACGGAGCUGUUGUUUUGUUAUCUUAAUACUUUAGUUUGAAUUUUAUAAACCGAUUACCAUACUCGAGCAAUAUAGAAAUGUGUUGCUACGCUCAAGGAAUUAUGUACAAUUCGAUAAAAACUUUCGAUAAAAAAUUGCAACGUAAAAUUGUGUAUUUUAUUACUCACGGACAAAUGAGAUGUGCUCUGUAUCGAGAUCCGUUUCGAUUAGCAUUGAUUCUCUGUUGGACGAUCGUCCGAGGAAUUCAAGUUCAAUUUUUAACGAUGAUAUCCAUCGCAAAGCUUGUCACACUCAAAAAGAUAAUAUCUUCAUCUUGUCACACCUCGUUCACGUUCUUCCACACUUCGUGUCACGAUUUACCCAUAUAAAGUAAGUGUUUCGUGAGACAUUUCUUACAUUUGAUACAUCGCGUACUCCUAACGAUGAUUUCACUGUAGGAGAUUAUCGUAUUAUAUGGCAAAGGUGAAAUCAAGAUACGAAAUCACGACGUCGCUCUUACUGUCUCUUCUCUAAUCGGCGUCAAUAGACGAGAAAUACACAAGUUGUCGGUUACACAUUCGCAUCAGUAAACAGAAUCUCAUUGGUUACUCUGCAUUCUUCGAAGCCUAGGAGGAAACAAGUAAUUACUAUAUCUCGAAUAGAAAACGCUCGUAGUCGAUUUGAUAAGAUAAGCUGUAAUUGUCUAAUUUUAGAAUAAAGUACAACAGCGAUAUUUUUUAAUUAAGGAUAUAUAUAUUCUCGUGUUGUUUUAUUAUUCGGAUAUGCGGUUCUGUCAGUAUUUAUUAGAUUAAUACGUGUUACCGCUAACAUGUGUGAGAAAAGGAAGUAUUGUCAAAAUUAUAGAAAUGAUAAGACCAAUAAGAUUCGUAUUUUACCAUUAGACAUUUGUGUGUUUGUAUAUUACAUUCAUUGAUACCUAUUGUUUCGAUUCCGUUGCGUCUUACGUGAGAAAGGAUAGUUAUCUUGGAAAGAGAGCGACGAGUUGUAAUAAAUUUUUUACAUCGUGCAUUCUCUCACGGAGAGAUGUGCGAAAACUGCUCUCUUUUUUUUUUGCCGCACGAAGAAUAAAUGUGUCCUUAGCGAGGAUGAGACGCGCGAGAACACGAGAAUCAAGUGUAAACCUUCACGUCGGACGACGUACCCGUGUUACGCAAACACGCAUCAGAUCAGAAUAAAGUUGCCAGUUUGAGAU